UAUUGAACAAUUAGUGUGGGAUAAAUAUCCUGUCCUUUUGUGGUGCGAUAAGACGAAGUGUGCUGCACAAAACGCGCAACGGUUCCUGACAUUCAUCCCCUAUUUUAUCUUGUUAUUCUUUGCGAAUUCGGUGAUAACACUUUGGAUGUAUAUAACAAAUGGACUACGGGUCAAGACAAUACUGAUUAACACCUAAAGGAUUACCUUUUUUAACAUAAAUGUGCACUGGUUGUUAUGGUGAAAGUGCUGGAUCCAAACUGACUAAAUACACCUUCCUCAGCUCAAUAAAACCUCCAUACAUGUUUUGGCCGACAGUUUAAGACACACUGAUAUGACUGGAUCUAGAGGUGACCAUCUCACCUACCAUGAUGGAAUCUGGUCUGUCGACUCCCACAGACCCGCUCCACCUCAACACUGUCAAUAGCAGCAACAUCAGCUGGAGUGGCGUCCUGGAUGCUGACUCGCUGCGCAGCAACAACACCCUGACCUUGCAUGGCCAGCUCCACAACGCCCUGCUGGGGGUCUGUCUGGGACUUCUCUCUCUCCUCACCAUCAUGAUGAACCUGCUCGUCCUCUACGCCGUGAAGAGAGAGAAGAGCCUCCACACCGUCGGGAACCUGUACAUUGUGAGUCUGUCUGUGGCAGAUCUGAUCGUGGGGACCACAGUUAUGCCUCUGAACCUGGUGUAUUUGUUGGAGGAUGAAUGGAAGCUGGGGCGGGCUGUCUGCCAGUUUUGGCUUAUUAUGGACUAUGUUGCUAGCACUGCCUCAAUUUUCAGCUUGUUUAUCCUUUGUUUGGAUCGGUACCGCUCCGUCAGACAGCCACUUAAGUACCUGAAAUAUCGAACGCGGGGAAAAGCCAGUGUAAUGAUUUCUGGAGCCUGGCUGCUUUCGAUGAUGUGGAUUAUUCCAAUUUUAGGAUGGCGGUCUUUCACACAUGUAGACCUUAAACCCGAGGAGGAGAACAAGUGUGACACGGAUUUCCGCUUUGUCACGUGGUUCAAGGUUAUUACUGCUGUCUUUAACUUCUAUGUACCCUCAAUUUUGAUGCUGUGGUUUUACACACACAUCUACUUGGCAGUAAGGCAACAUCUCAGGGACAGAGAGAGAAUCAUUCAUCCGACUGACUCAUUUGGGGAAAACGAGAAUGGACAAAAUGCCCGAACGCCUGUGAAAAGUGACUCCAAAUCAUCCAAGAGGGAAUGUGGCGUUCCAAUAAAAAACUCUAAAAAACAACGUUUGUUGGACCAGAACACGCUGGACCAGCCAUGUUCCCUCGAGGAUGCUGAUAAAACUAAAACGGCUUCAUCCAGAUCUCACAGAAAAAUUGGCGUUAAGUGCCAGAAGACGUCAUUGCUUGCCAUGACAACAAAACGACUCCGAAUGGCAAAAAAGGUCAAAAGGUGCUCGUUGUCUCCCGAGGAAAGGCAGACGAACAUUGACAUUCCGCUUAGUCGACCUUCGUUGCCACAAGACGUCAUUUGCGCUGACGGCACUAAUGACAACAAACUUCAAGCGUCUUUAAAUGAAUGUCACGUCACAGUGCCAAAGUCUGUGAGUGGUGUCUGUGACAUCAGUCAGGUUUCAGACGUGCAGAGAUACACCUCUGUGCUCUACAACAACUACGACUGCACUCAUGCUCUGCCCUGGACUGAGGAAGGGGUCGAAGAUGCAAAAUUGGACCCGGCUAAUGCAGUGACUCUGAGACAGACGUGGCAAAGGUUUAUUGACCAAUCACGUCAGCGCAUUCAGAGCCUGAGGAUCCAUAAAGAGCACAAGGCGGCCAAGCAGUUGGGCUUCAUCAUCGCUGCAUUCUUGUUGUGCUGGAUACCGUACUUCAUAGCUUUCAUGGUAAUGGCGUUCUGCAAAGAGUGUGUGCACCAUGACCUUCACAUGUUCACCAUUUGGCUAGGCUACAUCAACUCCACUCUAAACCCUUUUAUAUACCCACUCUGCAACGGGAACUUUAAACGCGUCUUUAAAAAUAUUCUCAAUAUUCAUUUGUGACAGAUAAUGAAAGGCGGAGCAAAGAAGCAGAACAAAAUCAUGGGUGUCUAAACCCUGCUGAUAUUCACAGAGCCCCUCUACUUAAAUAAAAUGAAUACAUCUUAUGCAAUACUAGCCAAUUUGAAAAUACUUCAUGGAUGUUGCAGUGGCUAUGGUGACUGCUUUACACUUCGAAAGAUGAUGAGAUGUUGCACACUGUCAAGCCAUGAUUAUGCACAGCAGAUUAGCUGGUUAAAUUUUGUGCAGCCGUCAUCACACUGCUGUAAAAUAUUCACAGAGCCCCCUGUGCUGAUGUGCAUAUCAAGCAUGACUGUUUUAUCCUUCACACUUCCUUCUUUACAUCACCAGGCGUGUUGGAGCUGACACAUUAGAAACAUUUCCGCAGCUCCAAACACAUCCGUUCCUACCAUCUGGCAUCUCCAAUCUUAACUUGGGUAAUGGCUGUGUGCUUCACCUUUUUAUAAAUGAGUAAUGUCGCCUGAUGAUGUCGAAGGGAUUGUUUCGGAUUCAAAACUAAAGUUAAACAAUAAAUUCUGCCCCAAGUCCCUGUCAACAGUACGUUUCCUCUGAGGAAAAGUCCCUGCAGGAUUUGCAAACUGCCUGUGAGUCAUAAUGGGGAGAGCUCUGUGAUUAAAGGGAAGUAGUAGAGAAUCUGAUAAGCCUUGGCUGUCAGUCUUUAAUGCACCCAUCCGCUGUAUAUAAAUGUGCUCUUACUGAUCCUCAUGUCCAAGUGCUAAGGGAUCCUGGCAAAAGGGGGCGGAGUCAUAUGUUUUUGAAAAUGUCCUUCGGUUUUUUUUUUUACAAAUUGCACACUGGAGAGGGGACAUCUGUUGCAUUAAUGAAAGCCCUGAAACACCCUUGCAUGGGUGAGCGUAUUAAUUUCAAAUUAUACUGUAAUUGUUUUUUAAAGCAUUGGUUAUUUCAGUUAAUUUUAAAUCUUAUUUUGUAUCUUGCUGCCGUCUGAUUCAGACUCGUGGCAGCAAUUAAGGAUAAUUUCUGACUUUAAUGUUAUUUAUUUUGUCCGCGUUAUGCUUAUGAUAGUACAGUGUGUCUAAGACCUCCAGAGUUCUUUGAACUCAAAAGAAUUUGAUCUCUCACCCUCUGUAAACAGGAACAUUAAUCUUGUAUGUUGGCUGUGGUUCAGAACUGAGGCAAACUAUGUUGAAAAUGUGUCUUAAAGAAAUAUUUGUAUUUAUUUAUUUUUUGCACUAUCAAUGUACAGACCCGAAGAUUUAACAUGAUACAAAAUAUUGAACAUUUUACAAACAUGAGUUUGUGAGCAUGUCACAUUGUUUUCUCACAAUUACAACAGGAUAUGGGAAAUUAGUUGUGCUAUCUGAUGUCGGUCCAGGAAAAACACACAUCUUGCCAACUGUCUGCUCAGCUGUGACUUGGCUGUUUUUGGAUCUGUUGAGUUGUUUUUAAAUUUUCAAAUGAUUUCAUUGUGUUUUAACACAUUAAAAUUGCCAUGUUAUUAAUCUGUUGAAAUCUUCUGGUCUUGAUUUACCUGUUUGAACUUUGGCAAGUCUUUACUAUCAAGUUCAAUAUGUGUAUCAACAUAACGUGAAGAAAACAGAGUAACUAUAUCUACACACACUAAUAUAGUAUAUGCACUCACUCAUCGACUGAAUGUGUGAAUCACAUCUUCACACUGUCAAUAAAAACAGUGGUGUGUUUGCA